GAUUUCCCAUUCCCAAACCUGAGUUGAUCGCCCAGCUGGAACAAGGGGAAGAGCCGUGGGUGCCCGAUCUCCAGGCCUGCGAGGAAAGAGAGAUCCUGAGAGGCGACCGCACAGGUGCUGAGAGAGUGAGUGAGAAUGAAGAGGAGAAUCAUGAUGCAGAUGUUCUUGGUAAAGUGGAACCACAGGAGACCUUUACGGGAAGAGGUGAAGGGAAUUUUUCCCAGUGCUGGGAACAGGGAGAAGCCUGGGUAAAUUGGCAGCGGUCAGAGAGGCUGCUGGGAAACCAUCCAGGAAAGAAAGCGGAUGAAUAUAUUAACUGUGGGAGAGGAGACAAGGAUCCCAGAGCGCAGCAGACAAACCCCAAGGAAGAGACACCCAGGGACUGCCUGCAGUGUGGGAAAGGAUUCAUUGUGAGAUCACAGCUUGUGACACAUCAGACAAUCCACACUGGAGAGAAACCCCUUCAAUGCUUGGACUGUGGGGAAAUCUUCAAUAACUGCUUAGACCUUAAUAACCAUGGGAGAUGCCACACAGAAGAGAAACCCGUUCAAUGCCUCCAGUGCGGGAAAUGUUUCAUUUGGAAGUCAGAAAUAAUUACACAUCAUAUAAGCCACACAGGAGAUAGACCCCAUAAGUGCGUGGACUGUGGGAAAAGUUUCAUACGGAGGUCACACCUUGUUAAUCAUCAGGCAAUCCACACAAGAGAGAGACCUCACAAGUGCGUGGACUGUGGGAAAAGUUUCAGACGGAGGUCAACCCUUUUUAAACACCAGGCAUUACACACAGGAGAGAGACCCCAUAAGUGUUUAGUCUGUGGGAAAAGUUUCAUAUGGAGGUCAGACCUGGUUAAACAUCAGGCAUUCCACACAGGAGUAAGAUCCCAUAA